CCGCUACUUCGCCUGCCUCCUGAGGGAGCGCUUCGAUAAGAACAAGGAUGUGAAGGACAUGGUGAAAGCCACCCAGCUGCUGAGGGCGGGCGAGGAGGAGUUCUGGGCCAACCAGCACCCCCAGCCCUACAUCUUCCCCGACUCCCCCGGGGGCACUUCCUACGAGAGAUACGAGUGCUACAAGAUUCCUGAAUGGUGCUUGGAUUUCUGGCAUCCUUCUGAGAAGGCAAUGUAUCCUGAUUACUUUGCCAAACGAGAGCAAUGGAAGAAGCUGCAGCGGGAGAGCUGGGAAAAAGAGAUUAAGCAGCUGGAGGAAGAAACCCCAGCGGAUGGUCCCAAAACUGAAGCUUUGCCUCCAGCUCGGAAGGAAGGGCACCUGCCCCCGCUGUGGUGGCAGUACGUCACCCGGCCCCGGGAAAUACCCAUGUAAAGGCACGUUGGUCUGUCUGCUGUAAGCAGGUCACAUGUCAGUGACCAUGUGCUUCUCUAAGUAACACAGAAUAAAGCCAAAUAAAAGUAACAGAGAAAGUG